GGUUUAUGAUCUUGAUUCAGUGUCAACAGAUAGUCUUUCAAAUACUUUUCCAAUAAACACCCAAUAUGUUCAUAAGCCAAUAUAUGCAUUGGUCGAAAUCAGUAAAUCAAAAAUUGAAUGUAAUCUUAAAAAUCUGCAACCGAAACUUGUCCCAACACCAAUAAUGGAACAAACAUUCCAAGUUGACAUUUCUGAUAUUCUUCCGAAAACCAGCAACAAAAAAUCGAAAACAAAUAGAAAGGCAAUGUUAUCGAUUAAGCGGCGCGCACCACCUCUUGUACCUGCCUAUUCUAUCACAACUCAUCAAAGUCAGGGACAAACUUUAAACAAAGUUGUAAUUGAUUUAAAGUUACCAAAGGAUACAGAUGAUAUCGCUGCAGUCUAUGUACCAUUGUCCAGAGUCAAACGUUUAACUGAUUUAAUUAUUUUGCGACAUUUCGAUUACAAAGUCUUACUGAUCAAACUCAGUAAAUCUCAAGUCGCCGAGAUGCAAAGACUAGACAAACUCUACAUGGAAACACAAAUGCGGUUUUCAGAAUGGUUUUAA